GCUCUGGCGUAUUUCCUUUAAUUAUUCCAUCAAUCCCAUUGUGUCAUUGAUCAGAGCGCUCCUUGUGUUCUCUGGAAUUCUUUCUAUGUCGCAUUAGAUGUAGUGUUAUAAAUUGUAUUUCGAAUUUAGCCACAAUUGUGAUAUGUGAUUGUUAUUCAACAAGUCUACAAAAACAAGGAUAACAUCGACGCAGAUAUUUCUCGGAUAUAGCCAAAAGGUUAGAGUUGGAGUAAAUAAAGGUUAUGACACCCUGGUGAUUCAACUUUUCAUUAAAGUGUAUGUAACUAUAACGGUAGAACAAGAAUUGCACCAUAAUGGAGGAAAAUCGGGAUAGAGUAGAAAUGAUCAAUUUGGUAACACCACAGCAUCAUAAAGAAGUUGCCAUGGAUGGGCCUCACGAGAAUCAAGCAUUGGCCUUGCCGUCGCCAUCAAAUUCUUACGGUAGUACUCUCGGAGGUAGCACUCUAAGUAUAAACCCAGAAGCAUCGACCGCAAACCUGUUGAAAAUAGAUCUUGAGAAGAAAUUAAAUCGUCAUACCGGUGAAGAACGUGAGAUGUGGGACAACAGGGCGGAAUUUCUCUUGUCUUUAAUAGGCUACGCUGUUGGCCUCGGGAAUGUUUGGCGAUUUCCUUACCUAACUCAAAAGAAUGGUGGAGGUGCUUUUCUGAUUCCAUAUGCGGUGAUGAUAAUAAUUGAGGGCGUUCCUCUGUUUUAUCUUGAGCUGGCUGUCGGGCAACGGCUGAGAAAAGGGGCCGUAGGGUCUUGGAAUCAGGUAUCUCCAUAUUUGGGUGGAAUAGGUUUAGCCUCCGCUGUCGUGGCCUUCAACGUAGCUUUAUAUUACAAUACAAUAAUGGCGUGGUGUAUUUUGUAUCUUGUCCAGAGCUUUCAAGACCCACUACCAUGGUCAACAUGUCCGUCUGUUCAACAUGGCAAUAUAACAGUCGUUGACGACGAAUGUCAGAGGAGCGGCCCCACCACCUACUUUUGGUACCGGGAAACAUUGCAAAUAUCACCUAACAUAGAGUCCAAACCGGGAUUCAAUCUCAAAAUGGCUGCAGCCUUAUUGGCUUCCUGGAUUCUUGUCUACUUAUGUAUGAUAAAGGGGAUUAAAAGUUCCGGAAAGGUUGUAUAUGUGACAGCAACAUUUCCUUAUCUUGUUCUGGUUAUAUUUUUCUUCCGUGGUGUGACACUUCCAGGGUUUGAUAAAGGACUGGAGUAUCUGUUUGUUCCGGAAUGGAGUCGGUUGACAGACCCGGCCGUGUGGUUAGAUGCCGCCACCCAGAUUUUCUACUCAUUUGGUCUAGCGUUUGGAUGUCUUAUUGCUUUGUCCUCCUACAAUCCAGUGAGGAGCAACUUCGUUAAAGAAGCUCUAAUUGUGUCAGUGACUGACUUUUUCACAUCUAUAUUCACAGCUGUUGUUGUAUUUUCUAUCCUAGGUUUUAAAGCAACAAUGGCUUACGAGGAAUGCCUGUCUAAACAUCUGUACAACGAGACAUCACAAUUAGAUCAAUUUGUAGAACAAGGAAAUAGGUCGUGCGUUUUCAAAGAGUUUCUAGAAGGAUCUGCUUCUGGAACAGGACUUGCUUUUAUUGUGUUCACUGAGGCCAUCAAUCAGUUCCCGAUAGCACAGUUUUGGUCUGUCCUCUUCUUUCUGAUGUUGUUGACACUUGGUCUAGAUAGCAUGUUUGGCACCCUUGAAGGCGCUCUGACAUCAGUCAAUGACAUGAUGAUGUUUCCGGGAUUAAGGAAAGAAAUUUUAGUUGGGGUGACCUGUUUAGUGUCCUUUCUGAUAUCAUUAGCCUUUGCUUCUACGACCGGCGCCUAUGUGUUUGAUCUAUACGAUUCAUUUUGUGCAAACAUACCUCUUCUGGUUAUAGCAUUUAUGGAGUGUGUAGCUAUAUCAUACAAAUACGGUCUUAAAGAGUUAAGUGAUGAUAUAGAAAUGAUGAUCGGCCAUAGACCGCACUAUUUCUGGAUGAUAUGUUGGAGAUAUAUCGGACCACUUGCAAUGCUGGGUAUUUUUGUGGCAAGCCUUAUUGAAAUAGUCAACAAAGGGACACCUUAUGAAAUAUGGGACUCGUUAAAGGGAACAACGGUGUUAGUUCAGUGGCCGUGGUGGUGUCAGCUAAUAGCAGCUUUGCUUAUACUUAUGUCAACGCUAUGGAUCCCUGGUGUAGCUAUAUGCAAAUAUUUCAAUUUUGUGCAAUGGAAAGAAGAAGUUCCUGCGUUUUUUCCCAGCGAUGAACUUAGAGAAGAACGCAACAUAAAAGCAAAAGAAUCUAACUGGUUCGAGAAACAUAUAUUAGGAUUUAAAACAUAAAACUUUAAGCAAAUUCAUAUAUAUUUAAUAUCAUAUAUGUAAAGUUAUGCAUUUUGUAAACAACGUUUUGUAUACAUGUAUAUCAGCUUAAUUGUUAAAUUUAGUUGUCGUAAAAAGCAACUUUUCAGUCAAACGUUAUUUUGUUACUAAA